AUGAGCGGCCACGCCUCGCAGAUUUGUUUUCGCGCCUGGGUCAGGCGCGCGGGGCAUCCCCCGGGUCGCUCGACCAGCGAUCCGAAGAGUGGCCGCUAUGCGAAGGAAAGAGCCAAACGUGGCGUGGCGGGCUUUGCGCAGACGGAGGAGCAACUGCGGCAGGCGGAGCAGCUCAAGGCGGAGGUUGACAGCGCCAAGGGCAAGACGCUCGAGGAGAUCUCGCAGGUGGUUGAGGAGAUCAACAGGCAGAUCAAGGACAACAAGACGCGCCUCGCGCCGCAGAUCAAGUCGUUGCGCACGCUGCGCGCACAGCACGGCGAGAUCGAGGCGGAGUAUCUCGAGAAGAAGGGCGUGUACGACAACAUCAAGGCGAGCGAGCUCACCAAGCUGCAGGCGGGCUUCGGGCGGGGAGGAGGGAUGAGGGAGCGUCCCCUCACCAAAUCAUCUGCGAUGGAGCGAGUGAAGCUGCAGCGGAUAGCGGACGAGAAGGAGGGGCGCGCCCUCCGGCGCGCGAUGCCCGACGGCGCCGUCGUCACGACGUACCGCGAGCUGUACGAGCGGCGGAUCAAGGAGCAGGAGGCACAGCAGCGGGAGCUGCGCGAGCGGCAAAAGGCGCUCAAGGAAAACCACGUACCCAACAAGGAGCAGAUGCAGCUCUUCCGGGACCUGAACAAGCUGCUGCGCUGCAAGGUGGACCUGCAAAAGGCGGCGCGCGCCGAGGCGGCCGACAUGGCGGCGGCGGAGCAGCAGGAGUCGAACGUGCUGUCGUUGGGCAAUGACUGA